AUGUUCCCCGCCUUUAUUCGCAGCCGCAUAGUUCCAACUAUGGAUUCUGUAAUUGACCUUUCCGAUGCCUCAAAGGCACUCGAUCUGGCCCGCAUUCGUGCGCAAUUGAUCCGCCUCGAAGACACAAUCAUCAUGACCCUCAUCGAACGCGUCCAAUUCCCCCUCAACCGCAAAAUCUACACCCCUGACGCCAUCGACAUCCCCAACACCAACCUCUCCUUCAUGGACUGGUACCUCCGCGAGCAAGAGCACCUGCAGUCGCGCAUCCGCCGCUACGACUCCCCUGACGAAUACCCCUUCUUCCCCGACGCCCUCGAGGCGCCCAUCCUGCCCCCGAUCUCCUACCCGCCCAUCCUCCACCGCAACGACGUCAACGUCAACGACAAGAUCAAGUCCUUCUACACCGAAAAGUUCCUCCCCGCCGUCUGUCAGAACCGCGAGGAUCGGGGGGCCCGCGCCGAGAACUACGGGUCGACCGCUACCUGCGACAUCGCUUGUCUGCAGGCCAUUUCGCGGAGGAUCCACUUUGGCAAGUUUGUUGCCGAGAGCAAGUUUAGGCACGAGCAGGAGAAAUAUACGACGAUGAUCAAGGCGGGUGAUAGGGAUGGGAUCGGUGAGGCUAUCGUUAAUAAGGCCGUUGAGGUGCAGGUUCUUGCGCGGUUGAGGACCAAGGCGGAGAAUUAUGGAAAGGACCCCGUGGCGAAUAACGAUACCGAGAGUUUGCCCAAGAUUAAUGUGGAUGCUGUCGUGGAGAUGUAUGAGCAUUUUGUUAUACCGUUGACGAAGGAGGUCGAGGUUGAGUAUUUGAUGCAGCGGUUGGAGUAG